AUUAGGUCUAACAAAGAACUUACGUGGUAUCCACGCCUCUUAAGAAGUGUCGGCAGAUUAAGAAACCUUUUAAAACCCUAACAAACUUAAUGACGGCUAAGACGAGGGAAAGUGAUAAAAAGGGUUCUUAUUCUUUAACAAACUUAGAUCAUAUGGCUUCAAAGUUUACUGCUAAAAAGAAUGAUGAUUAUGACUACGAAAUCAUUGAAGGCGAGACUAAGACCGCUUUAGCAGUAGCCGGCAUGAGUCCUUGGAUUGAUUCUGCAAAGUUGGAGCUUCGGCAUCGAAUUGGAAGAGGUCCCUUUGGUGAUGUUUGGCUCGCAACUCAUCAUCAGUCAAAAAAGGACUAUGAAGUGGCCAUCAAAAUGCUUCACCCCAUCAAUAAGGAUCAGGUGAGAGUUGUGGUAGAUAAGUUUAAGGAUUUGGUUUCCAAGUCUCAAGGGAUGGAGAAUGUUUGUCUCCUCAGAGGAGUCUCUAGCAUUAACGGAAGGAUAUGCCUCGUCAUGAACUUCUAUGAGGGCUGUGUUGGUGACAAGAUGGCUCGGCUUAAAGGAGGAAAGCUUUCACUGUCUGAUGUAUUGAGAUACGGGGUUGAUCUAGUUACAGGGAUCCUUGAGUUGCACGCAAAAGGGUUUCUGAUUCUGAACCUCAAGCCCUCUAACUUUCUUCUCAGUGAUAACGACAAGGCCAUCCUCGGAGAUGUUGGAGUCCCUUAUCUACUUCAUAGUAUCCCUUUGCCAAGUUCUGAUAUGAUAAUGAGACUUGGAACUCCAAACUAUAUGGCUCCAGAACAGUGGCAACCUGAAGUACGAGGUCCCAUAUCAUUUGAGACUGACUCUUGGGGGUUUGGAUGCAGCAUUGUGGAAAUGCUCACAGGUGUACGACCUUGGAGUGGUAAACCCAUCGAUGAAAUAUAUGACUUAGUGGUCAUAAAGAGAGAACAGCUUACCAUCCCCGAUGGCAUACCUCCUCCUCUGGAGAAGCUACUUCAGGGUUGCUUUAUGUAUGAUCUUAGAAGCCGACCUUCUAUGACAGACAUCUUACACGUCUUGAAAAGCUUGCAGAACUCAGAGGCGGAAGGGUUCUGGUCCUGGAGAGGCAUUGAUAGUAGACAAAUCAGGAAGAGCUCAGCUAAUCUCGGCUACACAGAGUGGUUCCUUUCAAAGGAUCAACUUCAAAUGGGCGACACGGUGCGUUCAAGAAAGCCUGCCAAUUCGUGUAAGCAUGAGAACAUGGAUGUACCAGAAGGAAAGGUGGUUGGUCUAGAACGUGACACCGACUCAGAUGGAUUUGCUCUGGUUAAAGUCCAUGGUGUUCAUGAUCCGUUAAGGGUUCACGUAUCUGUUCUUGAAAGGGUAACCAAUGACUUAGCUUGUGGAGAUUGGGUACGUCUGAAGUAUGUAGGAGUGAAUAGGUGUUCUCCAGUUGGUAUUGUCCAUGCAAUAAACCGCGACGGUAAUGUAGCUGUUGGGUUUAUCGGGUCUCCAACUCUAUGGAGAGGGACUUCAUCACAGCUUCAGAUGGCUAAAGGAUACAGUGUUGGUCAGUUUGUGAAGAUCAAAGCUAAUGUUUUCAGCCCAAGAUUCAAAUGGAUACGUAAAGGUAGAGGAGGAGUUUGGGACAUUUGGGCAACCGGCAGAAUCUCUCAUGUUUUACCAAACGGUUGCCUCGAGGUGGAGUUCCCUGGAGUGUUGCCUUUUGGACAGGAACACGGAAGCUGUCUUGCUGAUCCAGCUGAAGUAGAGACUGUGGACUUUAAUACUUGUGAAGGAGUUGUGCAGAAGUUUCAGCAUCUUGAGGAUUUUCACUGGGCUGUGAGACCUUUACUGGUUGCCAUGGGUGUAUUGGCAGCGAUUAAGUUAGGAGGGGGUUUAGUGGUUGGGAAGAAAGUGGAGAUUAGAUCAAAGAAUAGCAAACGGCAAGAUGGCUCGAGUAGACAAUGUGUUUGUGAGAUUCAGAAUGGUCAGGACAGGACUGGUUCUGACCGUACGGUCUCUCGCAAAUAUAAAAAGAAACAUUGAUUUUGAUUUUAGGGUUUAAGGUUCUGGUUAGGUUUGUGACUCAAGCAUGGUCUCUCAUUUAUAUUUCAAUGUUCUAGUAAUAGAUAUAUGGGUUUAUUAUAUGAUAGCACAACAUGAAAACAUUUUCUUUUUUCUUCUUUGAACUUUAAUAAGACUUUCUAGUAUUAUGUUU